UUCCCGCCAAAUCUGUUCCCCUUCCUACUCUGAAACCCUAAUUUUCUCAAUAUAUGGCUGUAUAACGGAAUUCCGGCGUCGAUUUCGAUUUUUCUGGCUUACCCAGAGAUCUCCGUGUGCGAGAGAAGGUGUAUUUAUCAGCGAUGGAGGAGCGUCGAGCGAAGCGCCCCAAAAUUGCCAGAGGGGAAGAUGACUAUUUGCCUGGAAAUAUAAUUGAGAUCGAGCUUCACAACUUCAUGACAUUCAAUCACUUGGUCUGCAAGCCAGGGUCGCGCUUGAACCUUGUAAUCGGACCAAAUGGGUCCGGUAAGAGUUCUCUUGUGUGCGCCAUUGCUCUCUGUCUUGGUGGGGAACCUCAGCUCCUUGGGAGGGCGACUAGUGUUGGUGCAUAUGUUAAACGUGGUGAAGAAUCUGGCUACAUCAAGAUCUUAUUGAGAGGAAACGCUAAAGAGGAAGAAGUUACAAUCGUCCGUAAAAUAGAUACACGUAAUAAGUCAGAGUGGAUGUUCAAUGGAAAACUUGCAGCGAAGAGAGAGAUAACUGAGAUAAUCCAGAGAUUCAACAUUCAAGUUAAUAAUCUUACACAAUUUCUCCCACAAGACAGGGUCUGUGAGUUUGCCAAGUUAACACCUGUGCAACUUUUAGAAGAAACAGAAAAAGCUGUUGGAGACCCCGGACUUCCAGUCCAGCAUCGUGCUCUUGUUGAAAAAAGCCGUGAACUAAAGCAGCUUGAAAGAGCUGUGGAGAAAAAUGGGGAAACACUGAAUCUGCUUAAAGGUCUUAAUGAUGAACAAGAAAGAGAUGUUGUCCGCAUACGGCAGAGAGACUUACUUUUGAAGAAGGUUGAGUCCAUGAAGAAGAAACUGCCCUGGCUGAAAUACGAUAUGAAAAAGGCUGAGUACGUGGAUGCUAAAAAACAUAUGAAUGAAGCCUCGAAAAAAUUGGACGAAGCUGCAAAGGCUUUAAACAACAUCAGGGAACCUAUUGAAAAACAAAAGCAGGAGAAGGCAGAGAUAGAUUCAAAGUGCAAAAUGGUUAAGAAUAUGUUGGAUGAAAACAGCCGAAAGAGGUGCAACAUACUCGAAAAAGAAGACCAGGCAGAGGCACAUGUAAGAGCAAAAUAUAAAGAAGUAGAACAGUUGAAGAAACAAGAGGAAAACCGCCAAGAGAGGAUUCUGAAAGCUAAAGAGGAUCUAGUGGCUGCUGAACAAGAACUAGAAAACCUGCCUGUAUAUCAACCUCCGAAAGCUGAACUUGAAAAAAUGAGUGCUCAGGUAACAGAGCUGCAGUUCAACAUAAAUCAGAAGAAAAAUCAGCGGGUGGAGAAGGAAAGACUUUUAUCUCAGAAACGACAUAUUCUGAGGCAAUGCAUGGAUAAGUUGAAGGACAUGGAGAACGCAAAUAAUAAACUUUUGACUGCAUUAAGAAACUCUGGAGCAGAGCGGAUAUUUGAUGCAUAUCAGUGGGUGCAACAGCAUCGCCAUGAGUUCAGAAAAGAAGUCUACGGUCCUGUUUUACUGGAGGUUAAUGUUUCAAAUCGAGAACAUGCUAGCUAUUUGGAGGGUCAUGUUCCUUAUUUUAUCUGGAAGUCUUUUAUCACUCAGGAUUCUGAUGAUCGUGAUUUGCUGGUUAGAAAUCUAAGGCCGUUUGAUGUUCCCGUUUUAAAUUUUGUGGACGAUGGCAGCUAUCGCAAAACUCCAUUCCGUAUUUCUGAUGAGAUGCGCAUGCUUGGGAUCCAUUCUCGACUUGAUCAAAUUUUUGAUGCUCCUACUGCCGUCAAGGAGGUUUUGACUUCUCAAUUCGGUCUGGAUGACUCGUAUAUUGGAUCAAAGGAUACAGACCAGAGAGCUGAAGAAGUCUCCAAUUUGAGAAUUCAUGAUUUUUGGACACCUGACAAUCAUUACCGGUGGUCUACCUCCAGAUAUGGUGGUCACGUCUCAGCAAGUGUAGAGCCUGUGCACCCAUCACGGCUUCUGUUAUGCGGGGUUGAUGUGGGGGAGAUUGAGAAACUGAGAUCCAGGAAGGACGAACUGGAAGAAUCUGUUUCAUCAAUAGAGGAAAGUGUUAAAUCAAUACAACUUGAACAAAGAUUGUUGGAAGAAGAAGCAGCUAAGCUUCAUAGACAAAGGGAGGAGGUGAUGAAUGUUGUACACUUAGAUAAAAGAAAACGACGUGACUUGGAAAACCGUGUUGAUCAAAGGAAGAAAAAGUUACAAUCCUUGGACCAGGAGGAGGACCUGGAUUCUUCUGUGUCUAAGCUGAUUGAGCAGGCCUGUAGAGCUAAUGUUGAGCGAUAUAGAUAUGCGAUCAACUUGAAGAAACUACUCAUCGAGGCUGCUGCCCUUAAGUGGAGUUAUGCUGAAAAGCAUAUGGCCUCCAUUGAACUGGAAAGAAAGAUAAGAGAAUCAGAACUCAACAUCAAGCAGUAUGAGAAAACUGCUCAGCAAGCAUCAGUCAACCUUGAGUACUGUAAGAAAGAGGUAGAAGGAAAGAAACAGCAGCUAUCAGCUGCGAAGAGGCAUGCAGAAUCGAUUGCUGUUAUUACACCUGAACUUCGAGAGGAGUUUAUCGAGAUGCCGACCACCAUAGAAGAAUUGGAAGCAGCAAUACAGGAUAAUGUUUCUCAAGCCAAUUCUAUUCUUCUCCUGAACCAGAACGUACUCCAAGAAUAUGAACAUCGCCAACGUCAGAUCGGAUCUAUUGCUACAAAACUUGAAGCAGAUAAAAAGGAUCUAAGCAAGUGCUUGGAGGAUAUAGAUUCUCUCAAGGAAAGAUGGCUUGCAACGUUGAGACGGCUUGUUGCUCAGAUAAAUGAAACUUUCAGCCGCAACUUCCAAGAAAUGGCUGUUGCUGGAGAAGUUUCAUUGGAUGAGCAUGGCACUGACUUUGAUCAAUAUGGAAUACUUAUUAAAGUGAAAUUCAGGGAAUCAGGGCAACUUCAAGUUCUUAGUUCCCACCACCAGUCUGGAGGAGAGCGUUCAGUCUCAACUAUUCUUUAUCUUGUCUCUCUUCAAGAUCUCACUCACUGUCCUUUCAGAGUUGUAGAUGAAAUUAAUCAAGGGAUGGACCCGAUAAACGAGAGAAAGAUGUUUCAACAGCUGGUUAGAGCUGCUAGCCAACCGAAUACGCCACAGUGUUUCUUGCUAACCCCGAAGCUCUUGCCCGAAUUGGAUUACAGUGAAGCCUGUAGCAUCCUCAACAUCAUGAACGGUCCUUGGAUUGAACAACCUUCAAAAGUGUGGAGUUCUGGUGACAGCUGGGGCAACCUCAUGAGAACAGCCGAAGCAAGUCGGUGUUCUUAAUUAACUUCACCUAGCAAAGCUAUGAUCCUUGCUGUGUGAUGAUGCAUGGGAUUCAGUUUUUUUUUUCUUUUUGUAUAAUUAAAGAAUUAAUUGGUGAAAAUAGUAAAAAAAAUGAUUUUUUUUUUGUAUUAUAUUAUUUCGGAUGAGUUGUCUAGUCUUUACCUUUUUGUC